GGGCCCUUCCGGGAACAACUCCGGGAAUAACACCGGGAAUAACACCGGGAAUAACACCGGGAAUAACAACACCGGGAGCAGCACCGGGAGCGGGGGGCUCCGGCCAUGCGCUACAACGAGCGCGAGCUGCUGUCGCUGGCCCGGCAGCCCGCGGAGAAGGCGGCCGAGAUCCGCAUGAGCGUGCCCAAGAAAGGCAGCGUGCUGAAGAAGCGCCUGGUGAAGCUCGUGGUGAAUUUUCUCUUCUACUUCAGGACAGACGAGGCCGAGCCCAUUGGAGCUCUGCUGCUGGAGCACUGCAGGAUCACCAAGGAGGAGGAGAACGUCUUCUCCAUCAGUUUCAUCGAGGAGCCAGAGAGGAAAUACUGCUUCGAGUGUGCCAGUGAGGAGCAGUGUCAGGAGUGGGUCGAGGCCCUCAAACGAGCCAGCUACGAAUUCCUGAGGAGGAGCUUGAUUUUCUACCGGAAUGAGAUCCAGAAGAUGACAGGGAAGGACCCCCUGGAGCAGUAUGGGAUCUCGGAGGAAGCCCGUUUCCAGCUGGGAACACACCAGCAGGAAUUCCCUCACCUGGGCUGAGCUGGCUCCUGAGUCCUGAGCAGGCUCCCCAGGGCCACCCCAACCCCUGGGAAGGACAGCAGAGCCCCACAGUGACCAAGGGACUCUUUUAUUUAUUACCCAAAUCGGUUUUUAUUCCUUUUUUUUUUUUUUUUUUUUAAAAAAAGGGAAUUCCUUGUACAUUCCCUCUUCCCCAGCUGUGGAGGCUCCCUUGUGGUGGGAGCAGAACCCCCUGGGAUGAGCAGAGGCAGGGGCUGCCAGAGCUCCCAGCACCUGCUGUCCUCCAGGGCCUGGGGCUGCUGGAGCUCCAGCCCUUCUCCUCCUCCUCCUCCCUGUCCCUCUCCUGAAGGAGCUGCUCGGCUUUCCUGCCUCAGGAUCUCCCCUCAAUCUCCAAGGAGCCCUUGGGGCUGGGAGAGGGUGCUGUGAUCACAUCUGUGCUCCAGGGUUAACCCCCUGCUGUCCUGGUGCUGGGCCAUCAGGCUGAUGGCUGAGCCGGUGAGCAGGGAGGGCUGGGAAUGCUCCCAGUCACACUGGGAAUGCUCCCACUGACACUGGGAAUGCUCCCAAUGACACUGGGAAUGCUCAGCCUCUGGCUCUUGCCCUUGGGGGUUUCCCUUCCCCUUCCCUGGGCAGGUGUUGUGAUUCCUGGGGGCUGGAGGGGUCCCCACAGUGCAGCCCAUCUGAGGGGACAAAGGGAACAGUCGGGAACAGAGACAGGGAGGGAUCCCUGGGGGCUCCUGCCCCUCUGCAGAGCUGUGGACUGAGCUCUGAUCCAGCUUCCCAGGGAGGAGAGGCAGAUGGAGAGGUUGGCAAAGGCAGGAGCUGCUCCCUCUGGCUGGAGGUUCGGGCUGCAGGGUGUGAGUUCAGAUGGGCAUUAACCCUCCAGCCCCUGAGCCACGGCUGCAGCUUCUCCCCUCCUUUGGGAAUAUCCAAAGGGGCAGACCAAAAACUGUGCCAGGGUCACUGCCAGGGAUCCAGGGCUGCCAGGGAUCCAGGGCUGCCAGGGAUCCAGGGCUGCCAGGGAUCCAGGGAACCAGGGCUGUCAGGGAUCCAGGGAACCAGGGCUGCCUCCCUGGGGCUCCUGGAAGGGUUAAGGAACAACAUCCCCACCCCACCAGCCGUGGCUGCAGGAAGGAAAACUGCCCAGAGAUGAGGGAGGAAAGGAGGGAGGGAGGACAUUCCCCACACCCAGGGCUGCAGGACACCCCCAUUCCUCACUGCCACAGCAGCUCCCCUGGAAGCAGCCCGGGAAAAGCCCCAGGAAAAGCCCCUGGAGGGUCCCAGGUGACACAGCCAGGGUUGGUGGCAGAAGGAACAGGGUGGGGGCCCGAGCUUUGGGGGCUGCAGCUCUGGGUGCUGUUCCCCUCCAGGGUGGGUGGAGCAGCCUCUGAGCUGGGCUUGAAGGGAAGUUUUGGGUCUCUUCCCUCCUUGGCUGGGAAUAAAUGCCCGAAGGAAGAGCUUUAGUGGCCUGGCCUUCCCUCUUUGCCCCUCCCUGCUGGGUGCCAGCACAGUGACAGCUGUCACCCAGGCUUUCUUUUCAAUCUCAAAGCCAAGGUUUUUCCCUUUUCCCUGCCCCAGAUCCUCCCUUUCCCUUGAAUCAUUCCAAGUGCUCCAAAACCUCACCGAAAUGAGCUGGGGGCAGCUGCCCUGCAGGAGGAGCCAGGACAGGGAGUGGGAUCCAGGGGGAAUGUGCAGGCAGAUGGCAGCUCCAGGGGGAGCAGCAAGGAGGGAUUAAAGGCAGGAACCCACAGGAGCUUCUGCUGGAGGGAAUUGGUGUCCUCAGAUGGCUUUGAAGUGCAUUUUAAUCCUCACCAGCUCUGCUUUCCCUCAGGGCAGGGGCACCCCUGACCUGGAGAGGGGACAGGGCAGCUUUUACUGUGAAAAGAGACUGGUCUGGUCACUGGGGGGAGGAUGGAAAGGCAGAUUCCAGGUUGGCAGUGGGAUAAUGAGCUGGGAUGAGAGCAUGGGCUCCCCCACAGCUCCAUCCCACAGCCCCUGCCCUGCAGCUCCAGGGGCAGGACAGCCCCAUCCAGGCUCAGCUCGGCACUGCUGGAUCCUUCCAGGUGUAGUUUGAUCCAAACCUCGGGAAUUCUGCCGGGCUUGGAGCAUUCCCUGCACACAGUCCCGUGUCCUGGUGCCGGAGCAGGACCCCCCUGCCACACCUGGGCACCUUCCCCGCUGUCACCCUGCACAAAAAGGGCAUUUUGGUUGCUGUUCUGGGCCACGAGAGCAAACCCCAGCCCUCGUCCAGGAGGCACCAGUGACAUUUCUUAAUGAAUGUAAAACAAAUGCUGUGAAUGAAGAGUUCCAGGAGCUCAGAUCCACUCCGGAGCAGGGCUGGGACAGGGGGUGGGGUUCAGCACUGAGGGGAGAUGGGAACUUGUAGACGCUUCAAAAUCCGCAUCAGCUGCUGGUGAUUUAUAGACAAUUGUUCAUUUUUUUCACACUCUGAGUUUUGUAUUUCAGUCAGAGCUGGGUCCAGGCUCCCCCAGAGCCCUUUCUCUGUUGUGCAUUGCCAAUAAAUCCUGUUUUAAUCUG